AAAAUGUAUGUAACCUCUCAUAUGGAGGAAUAGUUGGCGCCGUUUGAUCGUACUUUGAAGUGUAGUGAAAAGCGAUUAUUACCAUGCAGCAAAGAUCUUGACGUUUUACAGUGUUUCUCCGUAUUUUCCUUAUAAAAUGCAACAAUGACAAGUGUUGGGGGUAAAAAGGUGUUCUAUCCAUCUGGUUGCAAGGAAGUCAACGAAGAACUGGGGAAAGAUGAACUGGUCAGGAGACUCAAGCUCCUUGCCAGGGCUUUUCAAGACAUGGGUCAGGAUGACAAUGAGCAGUACAGUGGCUUGGCUUUAUAUCUAGCAUCAGAUUAUUUCAUGGACCAUCAAAGUAAAGAUGUGCGCCUGCUAGUGGCGUGUUGUAUUGCGGAUGUGUUCAGGAUAUUUGCACCAGAUGCACCUUACUCUGAACCUGCCCAACUCAAGGAAAUCUUCUUGUUCCUCAUCAAGCAGUUACGAGGAUUGGAAGACCCUGAUGCACCAUCUUUCAAAAGAUAUUUCUAUUUAUUAGAGAAUUUGGCCUGGGUGAAGUCGUUCAAUAUUUGUAUAGAACUUGAGGAUAGCCAAGAGAUUUUUUGUAGCCUCUUCCAGUUAAUGUUUUCGAUAAUCAGUGAGAAGCACUCGAACAAGGUGAGGAACUUCAUAUUAGACAUGAUGUCACCGCUGAUCACAGAGGCUGAUGCUGUCUCUCAGGAACUGCUGGAUAUCAUCCUUAUUAACAUCAUUGAACCAUACAAGACACAGAAAAGGGUAGCAUAUCAGCUUGCCAAAGAUUUGUUAAUAGGAACCAGUAAUGCUAUAGAACCGUUUAUCCAAACUUUCUUUAACAAUGCCUUGAUGUUGGGGAAAACUUCAGAGAGUGAGAUGUCAGACAGGCUGUAUGAUCUCAUCUAUGAACUAAACCAAAUAUCUCCAAAUGUUUUACUCUCUGUUUUACCACAACUGGAAUUUAAACUGAAGAGUAAUGUAGAGUCUGAAAGGAAGAAAGUAACAAAGCUGCUUGCAAAGAUGUUUGCUGACCAAGGGUCAGCCCUUGCUGACCAAAACAAAGCUCUCUGGAACUGUUUUCUAGGAAGGUUUAAUGACAUUAGCAUUCUGGUAAGGCAGAAAUGUGUGUCACAAUCCCAGUUUUUCUUGCAAUAUCAUCCUGAACUUUUCAAAGAUAUUGUAGAGCAACUGAAAGUUCGCCAGCAUGACCCAGAGGAAACCGUGAGGAUGGAAGUAGUGAAUGUUAUUUUGACUGUUGCUAAGAAUGACUUUACAGUGUGCACAGAAGAACUGCUGAGCUUCAUAAGGGAGAGAACUUUAGACAAAAAGUUUCAGAUCCGCCAAGCUGCACUACUUGGCCUUGGACAGUUGUACAAAAGAUUUGUUUUAGCUGAAGAGUAUGACAAAGUAAAUGUUGACAAAAUAUCCUGGGUCAAAGACAAAGUCUUUCAUGCCUACUACCAGAGUAAUAAUGAAGAUAGACUUCUGGUUGAGCGUGUUUUCAAUACAUGCUUGGUCCAAUAUAAUGCUGAAGUGUCUGAAAGAAUGAAACGACUGUAUUUGUUGUAUGCCACAAUAGAUGAUCAUGCUGUGAGAGCAUUCCAUGAAAUGUUGAAGAACAAAAAUCUUGUAAAAGUCAUGGUGUCACAGUUGAUUGAAGCCAUAGAAGUCAACCUGGAAGGAGAAAAAAGCAUUCCACUGAAUCGCAGGCUUGCAGCCAUAUCAAAAACACUGCCAGAGCCAAACAAAGCGACUGAUCAUAUGAAAAAGUUUGCAGUGCUUGUAGAAGAUGACAAAAGAAUGCGUCAGUUUGUGAAAACUUUAGUUGGACCAGAUUGCAACUCUAAGAAAGCUCAGGAUUUAGUGAAAGAGAUACUGAAGAAACUAGGGGGACCUGGCCCAGGGCAGCACAAUUUGUUCUACAACACCAUCAAAUCUCUAAUGGAGCGGAUAGCUCCUGUCAUGUUCGACGCUGCUGCCAUUGAGAUGUUGGUUAAACAUGUGGAUGAGACUGUGCGAGGACUCGGUAUCAUCACAGAUGGUAUUGAUGCAGCUGCAGAAAAGGGAGUUCGACUUCUUGUGGCAUUAUCCAGUGUUUAUCCACAUUACUUCAAGACAGAAGAGACUUUUGAACUUCUGUUGUCUUUUCUAAAACAUGAUGAUGAAGCUGUGGCGGAUCUUACUAUCCAGAUUUUCAUCAAUGUUGGGAAACGUUUGCAGUCGGAACACCCAAACAUUUACACAGUUCUUUUACCGAUACUUCAAAGAUCUGCAAAACUUGGCAACCCUAAACAAAGCAAACAUGCCAUCAAGUGUAUUUCAAUUGUUUGCCAGAAGAAGGAAGCUAUUCUCAGUCAAGUAUUUGAGCAUAUCAAGAAAUCUCUUACACCCGAGUCAGCAAAUUUUAUCACCUCCAUAGUAGCAUUAGGACAUGUAGCCAAACUGUGCCCUGUACAAUUCGCAGCAGACACCAAGUCUAUCGUCUCUAAAACCAUCGUCAAAGACCUUCUUAUGAUGGACAGGACGUCAGGUCCUGAUACAACAGAAAGCUGGUACUCCGAACAUCAUGUCACAGAGGAAACCAUGGCUAAACUGCAGGCUAUGAAGAUGCUGGUGAGGUGGUUAGAAGGUUUACAGAACAAUGCUAACAACUCGGGGACAUCGACAUUGCGACUUCUCUACACAGUCAUCAUUCAUGAAGGAGACCUCAUGGAGAAGGGCAUGAUCAACAAACCGGAGUUGGCUAGACUUAGGCUUCAGGCAGGAUGCUGUAUGUUGAAGUUAGCAGAAUACAAAUGUUAUGGAGAUUUGAUUACAAGGGAACAAUUUCAAGCUUUAGCUCUGCUAAUGAAUGAUAGUUGUUACCAUGUAAGACUGAACUUUGCCCUGAAGUUGAACAAGGGGUUGAUUAUGCUUAGACUUCCUCUGGAAUACAUGAGUAUAUUCAGCCUUGCUGCUAAUGAUCCACUGAAAGAAAGGAAAUCACAAAUCAAAAACUUCCUCCAAACAAACAUAUCAAAGAGGAGGGAUUACAUCAAACAGAAUCUGUCAACCGGAGUCCGAGUGUUCCAAUUUAUGCCUGAAUAUUCCAUACCCUUUGCAAUUCAUCUCCUGGCACAUGAUCCAGAUCUCCAGUCUCAUGAACAUGUAGAGAUCCUAAAGAAUAUCAAAGAGUGCCUGUGGUUCAUCAUUGAGCCCCUCAUCAGUAAAAGUGAAGACUGCAAUUACUCCUUCUUUAGAAAAAUGUUGGAGAACAUUAAACAGUGUAAGGAUGCUCAAGAUCCAGAAGAUGAAGUAACUAACAUGAAACUAUAUGCAGUGUGUGAUAUGGCAUUAGGUUUGCUGGUGAGCAAAGCCACAAACAUUACUCUAACAGACUCCAAUCUAGAGCCAGUCCUUCCUACCAAAUGUUUUGUCAAGCAAGCAAAGGGAUAUAUGAAUACCAAAAUGUAUGUACCCAAAGAACUAGUUACGGAAGGAAUCAAGAGGAAAGGUGUUCAUGAUUCCAUAUUGGCACCAAGUGAACCAGAAAUUGUAGCUUGUCCAGGACCAGUUGUAAACCCUCUUCCUUAUACUCCACGGGAAAAAAUCCCCAAGCCAACAAGGACCAAGAAAGUCAAGAAAGAUCAAAGUGAACAUGAUGUUGACAUGGAAUCUCAUGUGAAGAGUCCCAAAGAGAAAACAAGAAGACCCCGUUCCAAAAAGGAAAAUAUAGAUUCUCAGGAAGACAACCAAUCCUCAGGUGUUGCAAAGAAGCGGGGCAGAAAAGGUGCAAAGAAAGAAAACACAAAUGACCAAAAAAAGCUGGAUUCAGACUGGGAUUCUUCUGCAGAAUCUCAUGAUCUCAAUGCUCAGUUUAGCUCCUCGGAUAUAGAGGAAAAUUCUGAACAAGAACAAACUGAAUGCGUUCCAAAACGUCAAGGAAGACAUCCUAAGCAGACUAAUUCAAACUCAUCUUCGACUAAUUCUUCCCCAAGGAGGGUACGAAAUAGUGAUAAUGUGACAAAAGUGAAACAGAUUAAUGGUGCUUCAAAAAAGACUUCCAAUACUGAAUCUCCAGCUAAAAACAGUCCCAAAGUUGUUAGUUCAGGGAAAUCACGGAAGAGGUCUGCACCAGCAUCAUCAUCAGAAUCAUCUCCAGCUAAAAAAACUCGCAACACAAGGGCAGCACCACGUAAACAAGACAGCUCCGAAAGUGAACCUUCAUCACCGGUCAGUAUGGAGUCAUCACUUGUAAAAAGUUCACCUCGUAAAAAACCAACCUCAUCACCCGCCGCAUCUAGGAAAACAUUAACAAGAAGUAAACUACAUUCAGAAUCUGAAUCUGAAGGAAAUAAAACCCCAGUAAAAGGCAGGAAAGGAACAGCAACCAAACAGCUUAAAAUUGAGCAGUUCAGCACUAAAGCAACCAAUCGCAAUGUAAGAAGGGCCAAAACACUGGCCAAUGGAACCUCAGAUGGAGACAGCCAGGAGAGAGAAUCACCACGAGCGACUUCAGCAUCAAGGAGAGGUCGGGGGAGAAGGAAAUGACAAACUGUGUCUUAAAGAACUCAUAGUUAAUAAAUGGCAGCUCUUGUUUUUACCUUUAUGAAUCUUCUGUGGUUGUAUCAGGAACAUCAAAUCCAGGUGUGAGAGGGUUCACCGUCAGGAGCACGAGUAAUUGUUCUACAGCAUGUGCUAAGCAUGAGUAAUUGUUCAACAGCAUGUGUUAAGCAUGGCUGAAGUCGGGUAUUCCUUAGCUCAUCCGUGAUUGGAGUGAUGUGUUAACGAAACCUGACCAUGAUCUGGAAACAUAUCCUUACAUAAGAUUUUACCCAGGAAGAUGGUUCUGUCCACUAUCAAAAGUCAGUAGGAACAGUUAUGAAUUAAAAUGGGAUAAAAUAGUGAAAGUUUUUGUCUAAUGGGAAACCUAGAAAAUCUAAAUGUUCUCAAUGGUACAGAAUGUACAAUGUCAUGUAAUACUGUCAUUUUAUCCCAAGAAUAUUUUUGUUAUUUAUUUGUGAUAGUUUGUAUUUUAAAUUCAUAAGAUACAUAGAUCAUGUGUGGAAAUACUGUUUUAUGUCAAUUUAUACUUGCAUUUACAGCACUAUGAAUAAAAUCUUGAAGUACAUUG